GCGAAAAUGAGCAGCAAGAAUACUGUCUUUAAGAAAAUUAUUAUUGGUUGUGACCACGGAGCAGUUGAUUUGAAGAAUCAAACUGUGAAUUAUAUUAAAUCGGUUUACGGAAGUAAGCUUGACAAUUUUUUCGAUUUUGGUGUUCAUACUGAAGAUAGAGUUGACUAUCCAGAUAUUGCUCAUGAAGUUUGCAAACGUAUUCAAUCAAAUGAAUAUGAUGGAGGUAUUUUGUUGUGCGGAACUGGUGUUGGUAUUUCAAUUGCUGCUAACAAACAUGAAGGAAUUAGAGCAGGACUUUGUCACGAUGAUUACACUGCUGAAAUGAUUAGAAAACACAAUAAUUGUAAUAUUCUCGCUUUCGGAGGUAGAACAACAGGUAUUGAAAUUGCUAAAAGAAUGGUUGAUAUUUUCCUUACCACUGAAUUUGAAGGUGGAAGACAUGCUGAAAGAGUUGACAAGUUGAAAAUUACUUCAUGUUGCGAAAGUAAAUAAAUAUUAAAUAAUAUUAUAUUAUUUU